AGGCGGCGGCUGGAGCUGCUGCCCCGGCUUGCGCCGCCCGCUCACCGCGUCCGUGCUCUUUGCUUUCCUCCCCGCCGCACUCUCGCGAAGAUGGCCACCGACGGACUGCACGAGAACGAGACGCUGGCGGCGCUGAAGAGCGAGGCCGAGAGCCUCAAGGGCAAACUGGAGGAGGAGCGGGCCAAGCUGCACGACGUGGAGUUGCACCAGGUGGCAGAGCGGGUGGAGGCCCUGGGGCAGUUUGUCAUGAAGACCAGAAGGACCCUCAAAGGCCACGGGAACAAAGUCCUGUGCAUGGACUGGUGCAAAGAUAAGAGGAGGAUGGUGAGCUCAUCCCAGGAUGGGAAGGUGAUCGUGUGGGAUUCCUUCACUACUAACAAAGAGCAUGCGGUCACCAUGCCCUGCACGUGGGUGAUGGCAUGUGCUUACGCCCCGUCAGGAUGCGCCAUUGCGUGUGGUGGUUUGGAUAAUAAGUGCUCUGUGUACCCACUGACUUUUGACAAAAAUGAAAACAUGGCCGCCAAAAAGAAGUCUGUUGCUAUGCAUACCAACUACCUAUCUGCUUGCAGCUUCACCAACUCUGACAUGCAGAUCCUGACAGCAAGUGGUGACGGGACAUGUGCCUUGUGGGACGUGGAGAGUGGACAGCUACUGCAGAGCUUCCAUGGGCACACAGCUGACGUCCUCUGCUUAGACCUCGCCCCUUCAGAAACUGGAAACACUUUUGUGUCUGGGGGAUGUGACAAGAAAGCCAUGGUGUGGGACAUGCGCUCUGGCCAGCGUGUGCAGGCCUUUGAAACACAUGAGUCUGAUAUCAACAGUGUCCGAUACUAUCCAAGUGGAGAUGCCUUUGCUUCAGGAUCAGAUGACGCUACGUGUCGCCUCUAUGACCUCCGGGCAGACAGGGAGGUCGCCAUCUAUUCCAAAGAGAGUAUCCUGUUUGGAGCAUCCAGCGUGGACUUCUCACUCAGUGGUCGCCUGCUGUUUGCCGGUUACAAUGACUAUACUAUCAAUGUCUGGGAUGUUCUCAAGGGGUCCCGAGUUUCCAUCCUGUUCGGACAUGAAAACCGUGUUAGUACUCUACGAGUUUCCCCUGAUGGGACUGCUUUCUGCUCAGGAUCAUGGGAUCAUACCCUAAGAGUUUGGGCUUAACUGUCUUCUCACAGUAUGCACAGAGGGACCUGAGGGUAGAAUAUGAAAUCUUCACAUGUAGAUAAAUAUUAUGACCUGAGGCUUCAUUGUAACUUAGCUUCAGGGAGCAGCUCCAUAGCUGGCAGUUCUCUGAGUGUCUGUGUGUGCAUCUAUAGCACUAUUGAAAUCACCACCCCUGGGAAGGUGCUAGUGUGAGCCUUCUGCACAACAGGACACCUUCAAGUCAGUGUUUUCCAUUUUAAAAUUUAUCUCUUUUUAAGGUUAUUCGAAAUUAUACUUGUCUCAAUUCAUUCGAUUACCAGUAUAAUUCAGCCAUUUAAUAUAUUCCAUGUUAUUUUCUUGAAUCAAAUUCAUUUUAAGAGUACUUUAAACGCUUCAGAGCCCUGGUGGCACAGUGAUUAAGAGCUCGGCUGCUAACCUAAAGGUCGGCAGUUUGAAUCCACCAGCCACUCCUUGGAAACCCUAUGGGGCAGUUCUACUCUGUCCUACAGGGUCAUUGUGACUCAGAAUUGACUCCAAGGCAACAAGUUUUUAAACUCUUCUGGUUUAUCUUGGUGUGCACUGUGACUUCUGGAGCCUUGUUCUGAAAAUACUGAUCUUAAAGGACUUUAUGAGGACUGUAUUAAUUGGUUUAUGAUAGAAGAAAAUUCCAAAUCCAAUUAGAAAAAUCGUUUUUAAAAAUUGUAUUUUAAUGUAAAAGUAUUUUUUUUUUCUGUCUCACUUCCUAUUGUCUCUUUUCAGAUAGAACAUUUUCAUUUGUGUGAACGGAUUAUAGACAAAGCAGAGAUAUACAUAAAGGAGCAGGACUGUUCCAUCUAUGAAUUGUGUGAUGGUGUGAUGUGUCAUUGUAACACUGGAACAGAGCAUUUUCUUUCAUUUGCGGAAAGACCAAAUGCUACUUGUGAUACAAAUUGUUUUCAGAGCAGUCGAAACCUUUCUGUGUGGGAACACAAGGAAGGAAAUUUAUUUAAAAACCUGUUUGUAGUAUUAGUAGAAACACUUAGGUUAAAGUUGAUCUUGUUCCUAUAAAUUAUAUUUAUUGCAUUGCAAGUGUAAUUUAAUAUACAGUUUAAUUGAUUAGUCUUGAAUGAUAAUGUCUUUGUUCCUCCUACAUAGAAAACAAAAACAUAAAAGUAUAUCUUGUCUUUAUUUGAAGUUCAGCAAUUCCUCUUGAAGAUACAGAGCGUUUUUAUUACAGGAUUUUUUCUUUCCCUUUUUUUUAAGGCAUAGAGGCUCAUUCUUUGUUUUAGAAACUCCUCUUUCAUAAAGAUGGCAUGCAUUACUUAGGUAAAUAAAAGGUUACCUCAGACACCAAAAAUCAUUCCUAGGCAAGACUUGCCUUGCAAGUGGCCUGCCCGUCUGGAUCCUUGCCUGAGCGCAGUGCGCUCUGAGUCCCUGAGUUGCCGGGCCUCUUCCUGUGACCCAGCUCCAGCCAGCCCUUCUCCUAGUGGUGGUUCUGGCUUUGUAGGCUGUCCCAGGCUCUGCUCCUCAGAGACCCUCUUCCAGAGCCAGGGACAGGCCCAGACCUAGUGCUCCUAAAACACUGGUGGGCAGAUAGGGUGCCAGGCCUACCAUCAAAACUGCUUCUUCAGGUGUCAUGAUGGCCAGUCCAUCAAAAAUCAGUCAGGCCAACUUUUGAGUUAACUCUUUUUAAGUAAACUUAAUGGUUAUAUUCAGUCAUUUGCCCAGCAAACAUUUACCGAGGGUUUUACUGCCCACUAGGCACUGGUGUAGAGAAAGAAAGAUAAAAGGCCUCUGCCUACCUCCAAAGAGCACUGUCAAGGGAGGGGGCAUAGCUCGGAGGGGCCAUUUUUCAGCUGCCCCAGCCCGCUGGACUCUAGUCUGGGCAGAGGCUCAGGGAAAUGGACACAGUGUCCACCCAGUUCCUGCCAGCUGAAGGAACCAGGCACCAAAGUGUGUUCCAUGGAAUUUCUGAGCCCUGCUCCCAGAAAGCUGCAGAGUUUGCCCCUGGUCCAGCCCCUCCUAGCUAUGGUAUCCCCUGCUGUCUCUGGCACAGACCGUUUUGUGUCUCCCUACACUCUGACCUGGGCUUUCUGGCUCCCAGAAGUAAGGGAGGGAUGGAGCAAAGGAGGGGCCAAGUAGACUGAGGGGAAGAGGCAUAGAGCAUCUUCAAUACAUGUGCAAAAUAGCCAUAAUUUCCCAGUCAAAAAAGCAAAUUUAAGGGCACUAUGAAAGCAUUCCAUAGAACACAUGGACAGUAAGCACCUCCCAUAUAUGUUUAAUCUCAUGAUGGAUUUUGUUUAGUAUUUACUGAUAAAAUAUUGAUUUGGCAUUGUUUUUUUAUACCAUCUAGAGACUCAAGAUAAACUCCAUGUAAUAAAUUGUGUUUUGCAUAUUGAAAAUAA